GAGAGAUAGAAAGCUGAAGAAGAAGAAGUCUAAAGAAGAAGCAGACGAAGUUGAUUGAUCUUGAAUCAUGGGGAAAACCGGCGGAAGCUCAUGGUUCACGGCGGUUAAGAAAGUUUUCCGAUCGCCCGAGAAGAUAAUCCCUAGAAGAAGAAUUCGUCGACAAGACAACGACCUCGUCGAAGAAGAAGAGGACGAACAACACCAACGACCGAUGAGAAGAAAAAAAUGGCUAUUUAAGAAAGCUUCUUCUGAUCCUUCUGCAAUAGACGUCACAAACACAAGAAACGCCGGCAACAUUAACUCGACGGCUGUUGACGUGAUUGUGGCAGAGGAAACCGAGAAAACUGCGUCUUCGACGGCCAAGGAAACCGUCUUUUUCUGUCGGACGUCUGUCUAUCUCAAAAGACACGUGGCUGCUAUUCUCAUUCAGACAGCUUUCCGAGGAUGCCUGGCCAAAACGGCAUUUAGGGCUCUACAAGGAGUUGUGAAACUACAAGCCCUAGUGAGAGGCCACAACGUGCGUAGACGAACUAGCAUCACUUUGCUUCGGGUUCAGGCUUUGGUUCGGUUCCAGGCUCGAGCUCUAGACCACCGGAGAAAACUUACAACCAACCCCGUCGAUGAAAAUUCCUUAUCUCGUGCUUUCUCUAAACAGAUGUGGAGAACCACAACGAGAGAAGCUCACAGUGAAAGCGAAUUAGAGGACACAAGACCGAGUAGGUUAAACCGGUUCGGUUAUCAAGAAACCGGAAGGAGAAUGUCAACUGAUCAGGCUAUCGUUGAACCAGUCAAGACAGUUGAGAUCGAUACGUAUAAUACGUACUCAGACCACCUCCAACGACUCAACGACCAGACACCAAGUGGGAAGUCUUGCUUCACACGGCAAGUCCAUUCAAUGCCAAAUUACAUGUCUAACACUGCCUCAACCGUGGCUAGGUUCCGCCGGCCACAAAGCGUACCAAAGCAGAGAUCAAACCGUACCGGUUUAGAUAAGAACGAACCAAGAUUACAAUUGAUUAGAAAGCGAUUGUCAUUUCACAAGGAUAAUACGCAAUCGCACGGUUAUAAUGACGGUGAUGGUUACUUUUGGUAGGAAUGCUCACGAGGUUAUUAAAUAAACCGAAUCGGUUAUUGAGUAGCCGAAUUGAACCGAUGAUCCAAUCAAAGAUAUUUUAUUUUAUACUAUAAGUA